UUGGCGGCGGCGGCGACAACAAAUAUCUCUGCGCUAGGUGUUCCCCUUGCCUGCAGUAAGGGCCGCCGCUUCGAGUCCCCGUCCCGGCGAGCCCAGGUGCCUUCUCCAAGAGGAGCAGCAGGAGGGAGACAUGGCCACAAGAUUGCUGCCAGCCCAGGCUCUGGAGUCUGUGACAUUCAGGGAUGUGGCUGUGUUCUUCAGCCGGGAUGAGUGGUUGCAUCUGGACUCUGCGCAGAGAACCUUGUACCAGGAGGUGAUGCUGGAGAACUACAGCACUCUGUUCUCGCUGGGGAUUCUGUUUUCCAAACCAAAAGUUAUCCUCCAGUUAGAGCAAGGGGAAGACCCCUGGAUGGUGGAAAAUGGAGUUUCUCAAAGCACAUGUCUAGGAUGGGAGAGCUUGUUUGAAACCACAGUUUCUGAAGAAGAAAAUCAGGAAGUAAUGAAUCAACUCAUAGGUGAUGGUCCUUUUGACUUCAAGUUGGGAGAAAUCUACAUAAAUGAGGAAAAACUAGAGAAUCAGCAAGGCAAAAAGAACAGACCUUUGAGGGAAGUCUUAGUUACCAUCAAGAAAACCUGUAUGAAGGAGAAGAACUUUACAGGUAUUGACCUUGGGAAAAAUUUUGAUCUAAAAUUAUCACUUAUUAGAAAACCCAGAAUUGUUUCCAGAGGAAGGAAACCCUGUUCACAGCAGUAUUCAGUUCUAUUUAAACAGCUGGGAAUCAACACAGUGCGUAAGUGUUACAAGUGUAGUAUCUGCGGGAAAAUCUUCCUCCACAGUUCUUCUCUGAGUAAACAUCAGAGAAUCCAUACUGGAGAGAAGCUCUAUAAAUGUAAGGAAUGUAGGAAAGCUUUUAGCCAAAGCUCAUCUCUAACUCAGCACCUGAGAGUUCAUACUGGAGAGAAGCCUUAUAUAUGUAGUGAAUGUGGAAAAGCCUUCAGUUUCACUACAUCUCUCAUUGGACAUCAGAGAAUGCAUACUGGAGAGAGACCCUAUAAAUGUAAUGAAUGUGGAAAAACAUUUAAAGGUAGUUCAUCCCUUAAUAAUCACCAGCGAAUUCAUACUGGAGAAAAGCCCUAUAAGUGUAAUGAAUGUGGGAGAGCCUUUAGCCAGUGCUCAUCUCUUAUUCAGCAUCAUAGAAUUCAUACUGGAGAGAAACCGUAUGAAUGUAGUCAGUGUGGGAAAGCCUUUACUUCAAUAUCGCGGCUAAGUAGACACCAUAGAAUUCAUACUGGAGAGAAACCCUUUAAUUGUAAUGAGUGUGGAAAAGUAUUUAGUUACCACUCAGCUCUUAUUAUACAUCAGAGAAUUCACACUGGUGAGAAACCUUAUGCCUGUAAAGAAUGUGGGAAAGCCUUCAGCCAAAGCUCAGCUCUUAUACAACAUCAAAGAAUUCAUACUGGAGAAAAACCUUACAAAUGUAAUGAAUGUGGGAAAGCUUUCUCCUGGAUUUCACGGCUUAAUAUACACAACAGAAUCCAUACUGGAGAGAAACCAUAUAACUGUAAGGAAUGUGGAAAAGCCUUCAGUUCCCACUCAGCAGUUAAUACUCAUCGAAAAAUUCAUACUGGAGAGAAACCUUAUAAAUGUAAUGACUGUGAAAAAGCCUUCAACCAAAGCUCAGCUCUCAUUCAGCACCAGAGAAUUCAUACUGGAGAGAAACCAUAUAACUGUAAAGUAUGUGGGAAAGCCUUUAGACAGAGUUCAUCCCUUAUGACACAUAUGAGAAUUCAUACAGGAGAAAAGCCUUAUAAAUGUAAAGAAUGUGGGAAAGCUUUCAGUCAGAGCUCAUCCCUUACAAAUCAUCAGAGGACUCAUACUGGAGAAAAACUAUAAGUUAAAUGCAAUGAAUGUGGAAAAAGCUUCAACCAGAGUCUACAUCUUAUUGAACACCAGAGAAUUCAUACUGGUGAGAAACCUUACAAAUGUAAUGAGUGUGGGAAAACCUUCAGCCACAGAUCAUCCCUUCUUGCCCAUCAGAGAAUUCAUACUGGAGAGAAACCUUACAAAUGUAAUGAAUGUGAGAAAGCAUUUAGCAGUAGUUCAACCCUAAUCAAACAUCUGAGAGUGCAUACUGGAGAGAAACCCUAUCAAUGCAAGGAAUGUGGUAAAGCCUUUAGCCAGUGUUCAACCCUCACUGUACAUCAGAGAAUUCAUACUGGAGAGAAACUCUAUAAAUGUGGAGAAUGUGAGAAGGCCUUCAAUUGUAGAGCAAAACUUCAUAGACAUCAAAGAAUCCAUACCGGUGAGAAACCCUAUAAAUGUAGUGAAUGUGGGAAAAGUUACAGCCAGUUUACAUCCCUGGCUGAACAUCAGAGGCUUCAUACUGGAGAACAACUGUGUAAAUGCUUGGAAUGUGGGAGAAACUUCACUCGCAUCUCAACCCUUAUUGAACAUCAGCGGAUUCAUACUGGACAAAAACCAUAUCAAUGUAAUGAAUGUGGGAAAGCCUUCAACCAGUAUUCAUCCUUUAAUGAACAUCAGAAAAUUCAUACUGGGGAAAAACUUUACACAUGUGGAGAAUGUGGGAAAGCCCUUGGUUGCAAAUCUAACCUUUAUAGGCAUCAGAGAAUUCAUACUGGAGAGAAACCCUAUCAGUGUAAUCAGUGUGGAAAAGCUUUCAGCCAGUAUUCAUUCCUAACUGAACAUGAGAGAAUCCAUACUGGAGAGAAACUCUAUAAAUGUAUGGAAUGUGGGAAAGCCUACAGUUACAGAUCAAACCUUUGUAGACACAAAAAAGUUCACAAUAAAGAAAAAUUUUAUAAAUGGAAGGAAUAUGGGAUCAGAGAAUUUCUUAGAGGAGAUAAGCCUUGUGAGGUUUAAUUCAUCUCUCAAAUACUUUAAGAUUUCUCAUUGGAGAAUAAUCAGGAGAAUAAUAAAUAGGGCACAGACUUCUGAUAGAUCAAGUCUUUUUUUAUCUUCUUCUCGAGAAAAUAGUUACCAUUAAGUAAUGGUAAAAUUAAUCAACGAAUAUUAAGAGCACUGACUUGUCAAAUUUUAUAAGAACCAGUAAAUUCUAAGGUUUCUAAAAACAUAAAAAUUUUAAAUUCAUAGA